AUGACAAAUGUCACCAAAAACGAAAUUCAGUUGAAAAAAUGGGUGGAUAUUCUUGGACCGGAGUUCGCCGCAAAUAUCAAAGAUCGAAAACAGCCACCAUUAAUUUGCCGCAUUCAUUUCGAUAAUUUAGAUAAUUCAAAAAUUCGUGAUUGGUGUGAGCUCCCGAGAAAAGAUGAAAAUGUCGAUUUCUGUGAGUUGAUUUGAAUUUUUUUGAAAAAUUGCAAAUUCAAAAACAACACAUUUUCAGUGGUGCCAAAAAACCCAAUGAAAAAGGAGAAGAUUAUCAAAAAAUCGGCCAAAACCCCCAAGCAAAUCGAUAUUCCUGAAGUUGAAAUAGUUGGCGAAGGAGAAGAUGAUGAAACCCCAAGAAUUGUUUCUGCCGAAUGUCGUGUUUGUGAAAGACAUCGAAAAGUUAAAAAUAUGACUGAAGUUCCAAAGGAUUUCGAUAAAUUGUUGAAAUGGUUGAAGGUUUUCGGCGAAGAAUUUUAUAAAAAUUUGAAGGCAAAUGAUGGUCAAAAUUUUAUUUGUUUGGUGCAUUUGAAGGACAUUUUGGAAAAAUUGGCCUGA